GGAAAAACAAGCGCCGGGGCGGUCGCCGGAGCAGUGCUCAGCGCCCGGCCAGGCGCCCGCGGAGGAUGCUCAGCCGGCAUGGCCCCCGGCGCGGCGGCCCCGGCCCUGUGCCUAGCCCUGCUGCUCGUCCGGCAGAUCCUCGGUGAGGGGCUGCCGAGCCCCCAGCGCGUGCACUUCGCCGCCGAGACGGCGCAUCACCUGCUGCGCUGGGAGCCCGGGCCCGGCUCCCCCGCCGACGUGCGCUACGACGUGCAGCACAGAGCGUACGGCACCAACCUCUCCUGGGCGGCGGUGCCGAGCUGCACCAGCAUCCCGGGGCUCUCGUGCGACCUCACGUACUACACGCUGGACCCGGAGCGGCGCUACUACGCUCAGGUCAGGGCCGUUUCCGGAAACCGCACGUCCCCGUGGAGGAGGACCAGCUCCUUCUCGCCCAAAGACGCCAGCCUGCGGCUCGCGGGGCAGAGCCUCGCCGUGACGGGCAACACCAUCCGCGUGAAGCUGCAGCUGCUCCUGAGAGCCGGCAACCGCACCGUCAAGUACGAGGACGUACAAAAGCACGUGCGGCGCUACAGGGCGUACGUCAGGCGGGCGCGCGACAACCACACGCACGAGGUGUUGGAGACCGAGAGCGAGUUCAACAUCAGCAACCUCUUCUGGGGCACGGAGUACUGCGUCAGCGUGGAGCCCGAGGUGGCGACCCGGCAGGCCCGCACCGCCCGCACGCCCGAGCAGUGCGUCACCGUCGGCACGCGGAGCGAGCUGCUCCCGAGCGUCGUCGGCAUCUGCUUCGUCGCCCUGCUGCCCCUGGUCCUCCUGGGCGCGCUGCUCGUCUGCAUGUACCUGAAGAAGCCCGUGAGGCCGCCGUCCGUACUGAAGUCCUUCAUGAAGCAGGGCUCGCUCUGGGUGGAGCAGGAGCACUUCUCGUCGGCCAGGCCGGACGCGGACCCCAUCCAGCUGCUCUUCCUGUGCCAGAAGGCGCCGCAGCAGCCCGGCGGCCCGGCCGGCAGCACCGGCGCGCUGCAGCAGCCCCCGGCGCGGGACCGCGCGCUCGCGGCGCUGCCCGAGGACGGGGCUCGCCCGGUGGGCCCGGGCGCCGCCAGGAGUGGGGACUGCAGCGGCACCAGCACCGACAGCGGCAUCUGCCUGCGCGUCCCCUCCUGCGAGCUGGGCCCCGCCGGCCGGGGCGCCGCGGGGCCGCUGCCCGCCACCGAGGACAGCGGCAUAAGCCUGGAGCGGACCUCGCCCCGCCUGGGGUGCGCCGGCCGCCGGCCCGCGGGGGAAGUGCAGCCGCCGCCGGCAGAGCACGGCAGCCCCGCCGCCGCCGGUGAGGACAGCCCACGGGACGUGGAGUUUCGGGGCUACCUGCAGCAGUCCAAGGGCACGGUGGAGCAGAGCGGGCACCGAGACGAGGGGCCCGCGCGGGGUCCCGGCAGCACGGACGCUGCGCUGGACCUAGACCCCUCCGAGCUGCCGGUGGCCAAGGGGUACCUGAAGCAGGCGUCUCCCGAAGCAGCCCGCGGCCGUGCGCAGGACGUGCCAGCACCCGGCUGCCCCUGGGAGCCCGCGGCCUGGGGCUUUCCCAGCCAGCUCGGCCACGGAGCCCCCGGGACCCUCGGCAUCGCCGACCUGCUGAAGCCGCCCUUGGAGCUCGGCGGCCCCGCGGGCGCCGCGCCGGGGCCGCUGCCCCUCCUCUCCAGCCUGUGCACCACCGCCUGGCUGCCGCCGCAGGGCAAGCCGACGCCGGAGGCGGAGGGCUAGGAGAGCCACCCCCUCCCACCGGCGUGCUACCCACCUACCUCGUCCAGCCGCUGCCCCCGGGGCGCAGCCACUGCCAUAAGCUAGCGCCCAGCCCGCGAGCCGGGGCUCCCCGCCCGGCGCUGGCCGCGGGGCGCCCGGCUGCCCCGCUCGCGGCCGCUCCAGCGCCCGCUUUCCCCCGGCUUCCCCCGAGCGCUCGCCCGGCCGCGGCUGCCCUGCUCCAGGAGGCGGCAGGCGCCCAGCCAGCCUUGCACGGACAUCUUAUUUAUUCUAUUUAAUUUGUAAAUACAGGAAGGAGGCGGUGUUAUUUAUUUGGUCCGUUUGUCUGCCUGCCCUUGCCUAAGGUGAAGCUGCACUUUUCGUUUUCACCCAGGGACUUUUCCCCCAGAGCCAAGGCGACGUGCCUUUGCAGGAGAAAGUGCCUUUCCCCAUCAGAACUGGAAAAAGCAAAUCCAGCAACUUCCAGUUUUGUACUGACCUGAGGACUAGAUUUUGAAGCAAGUGUCGCAGGCCGGCAGCAUUCCCUGCAGGGGCAAGAGCAGGCGAGGCUCUGCCGGGGUGCCCAGGCAGCAGGCGCAGGCGCACGUGAGAGCCAAGAGCCUGGACAGCCCCCGGGGCACGGCGGGACCAGUCUGGUUUUCUGGGAAGAGGGGUGGAUGUUUUCUAUGUGGAAAUGGGAACAGAAAUAAAACAGCAAAGACUUAC